CAGCUGAAUUAUCUCUGCGACCUUAAAGUUUGUUGGGAAAAACGAUUGAUUUCGCGGUGUAUUAAAAUGAAGGUAAAGCGUGUGAAGAGCUAUCGGAAAUUAAUUGACGUAUAUGACGUCCAUUUUGGUCUUGAAACUCAUCCACUUGAAAUAUUAGUGGACAGCACGUUUGCUCGACAGGCGUUAGUACAACAACUUCACAUAGAACAGCAAUUUCGGUGUACAUUAACGUGCGAAUUUACUCUCGUGACGACAUCUUGUAUAAUUUCGGAGUGUGAAAGUUUGGGUCCGUUGUUCAGUGGAGCACUGAAUAUUAUUCAGGGAUAUAAAGUUUUGAAAUGCGUACACAAAGUCAACCCUAAGAAUUCUGCAUUUUCUUGCAUCAAGAGAAGAAUUCGAACAGCUGGAUCAAGAAAGUUGUCUGAAACUAAGGCCAAGAAGCGUAGUUUAUUAUUUGCUUUGGCUAGUAAUGACGAUUCUUUACAGCAAUAUGCUCGAAAAAUUCCGGGUAUGCCCGUAUUUUUCAUCGCACACAAACGGAUCAACAUGGAAACCAUGCCCGAAUCAGUUUCCUUAUUACUUCAAGCAAAAGCUGUGCAGGCACCUGAUUUGACUCAUGUGGAGAGCAAUAAAAUCAAGCAACUAGGUGACAUGUUCGGUUUCUCUGAAGAAACCCAUACACGUAAAAAGAAAACCAAAAGACCCAACCCGCUGUCUUGUAAACGGAAAUCACUUAAGAAUAAUGCGGUAAUUACGAAGAAGGCCAAGCGCAAGCGUAAACGAAAGCGCAUCAAAGUAACGUGGGCAAUGAAACAAGCAAUAGAACAACUAAAGUUAGGACUGAAAGACUGAAACCAGUUGUUACAUCUACAAAAUUAUUUCAUAUUGUAAGAAUACAUGCUUCCCCUAUUUUUUGUUCCCAUCAUAUUUGUUGCCAGCUACCAUAAUAGAAAAAAACAAUGAGUGAUAUCUUGCUUAAAUUAAAGCUAAACACUGCAGAGCGUAGCUUCAAGAUACAAAAUGCAGUAACCUAAGAUUUUAUUAUGGACAAAUAUCUCAUAAAAUAACUAUACAAUAUUGUACAAUUUAAAUACAGUAUUUCAAUUAGCUUAUGUACAUCGCAGACUAAUUUACUGACUGAUUAACAGAUCAGGUAUCUUUAGAACACGUUAAGUUGGACACCACUCUUUGUAACUUAAUCACCUGCGCAUUGGCACUG